AGUUUGUUUUGUGAAGGUGUUUGUUAAUUCAACAAAUAAUAUUGAGAUGUGAGAGUUUACAAGUGUGCGUGUUCCCUAAAAGUCAAAUUUAAAAAAUAACCACAGAUGGAUCACAACUGUAACACUUGAACUUGGAGCAGAUUGUUUUACUUGAUGUAUGGCACCGGCGGAAGUAAAAAACUCUUCUCAAUCGUCUCCAUCAUGCAUGAAAAAAAUCAGCAAUGGAAUUGUCUUUGGACUUGAAUCUGUAUUUUACAGGGUCGGCCUGUUUGUUGGAACCAAUCCUGUGAUCACCAUCAUCUUCUGCCUAACGACCUGUGGGUUGUGCGGGAUUGGACUGAAAACCUUGAAGGAGACUCAGGAACAAGAGAAGCUAUGGGUGCCCCAGAGUUCCCGCAUCAUCCCAGAGAAGGCUUGGGUUGACAGGCAGUUUCCCACAAAGACGAGAUUUGUGUCGGUUAUUGCUACAGGCGACGAUGUUCUCACUGUUCCGUUUAUUAAUGCUUUACUGGACUUCUACACAGAAUCAGUGAGCACCAGUGUAAAUGGAAAGACAUUUGAUGAUCUCUGUUUGAGGGUUGGAUCGUACUGUAGAAUGGACAGUAUACUUGAAAUCUGGUCCUUCAAUAAAACCACAAUCAAAUCUCUGAACAGAGGCAACAUUAUAACAGCUGUCAAUAACAUAACUAAAAGUCCUAUUUUUGGCACAAAUUAUGAUGUUCUCAAUAUUUUGGGUGGAACUAUUCGACGUGAUCAGUUCGUUAACGAGAUAGCUGGGGCAGAGGCUACGCAGAUGACAUGGAUUCUGGAGAAAAAUGACCUGUUACUAGAUGCAGACAAAUUAUUUGAGAAGAGAAUCAUUGAACUGGCUCUGAAAGGCCACAAAGACAUUGCCAAGACAUAUGUGUAUGCAUCUCGCAGUUUUGACGAUGAGGGUUAUGGCGCUAUAAACAGUGAUAUCAAGCUUCUGUCAGCUGGUUUCAGUAUCGUCUUCGUGUUUGUCAUGAUCUCCCUUGGCAAGUUCAACAUGGUGCAGCAAAGGGUCUAUGUUUCUCUGGCAGGCCUCCUAAGUGUUGGUCUGGCCAUUCUUUUUGCUUACGGCAUAGCAACUGUUUUUGACGUCAUCUAUGGUCCAAUUCAGUCUAUUAUGCCAUUCCUUCUGCUGGGCAUUGGAGUUGAUGACAUGUUCGUUGUUGUGGAGGCAUGGAAGAAUCUUGAUUCCAGUGAGUUGCGGCGCCCUCUGCCGGAGAGGGUUGGUUUGGCUAUGAAGCAUGCCGGUGUGUCGGUCACAGUCACCUCCAUCACAGACAUCGUCGCAUUCGGUAUCGGUGCAUCCACUGUGAUUCCCGCCCUGAGUGCCUUCUGCAUCUAUGCGUCUCUGGGAAUACUGGCUCUAUAUGUUCUUCAGUCAACGUUUUUCGUCGCCUGUCUGACCUUGGAUGAAAAGAGGAGAGAGUCGUCAAGGGAUGCUUGUAUUUGCUGUUACCGCCACAAGGACUAUGAGCCUAACAAGUGUAGCAAGACGGCUUUCCUGCCAGAGUUCAUGGAGAAAUACUACGGACCCUUUCUUAUGAAACUCCCCGUUAAGAUCAUUGUGAUGUUGAUGACCAUGACAGCUUUGGGUGUGUUUCUCUGGAGGUUUAUUUUACUUAAACAAGACUUUGAUCUGACAAACUACAUUCCUAGUGACUCGUAUGCUUACCACUUUGCCAAGGCUAAGGAAAACUACUUUCCUACCGAGGGCGAUGAAGUCAGUAUUUACUGUGGAAACUUGAGUUACUAUGACUAUUCUAUGUCUAUGGACUAUGUAUACCAGCAUGCAGCAGGCAGUGUUUAUGUUCAGAACGGAUCCAUUAUCAGCUGGUUCAAGGCUUUUAAAGACUGGAGACAUUCUCAAGCGAUACCAGACCCAUUUUCGGAGAGUGACUUCUAUGAUAAACUGUACACAUUCCUGACAAGUCAGUAUGGAAUACACUAUUCCCGUUACAUCAAACUGAAUUCCACUACACCUCCAGUUCAUAUUGAGGCCUCGUAUAUCACACUGAAACACCAACUACAACCCGACUCUGCGGGUGAAAUAUUGUCGAUGGACAAUCUACGUGGUAUCGUGGAUAACGCUGCGUUCCCGGUUAGCACGUUUUCCGGUCUACCAGUGACCGAGUGUUUUGCCUACAGCAGAAACUACCUGACAUAUGAAACUAACAAGGUGUUGAAGUUUGAGCUGUACAGAAACCUGGUGCUGGCUGGGAGUUGUGUUCUUCUCGUCACCCUGCUGUUGAUUGCCAAUCUUUGGACAUCUCUGUUAGUCUUUUCCUGUGUCAUCUUUACAUUGAUUGCUGUGGGUGGUGUGUUAGAACUGUGGGGGGUGACUAUUGACACUGCUAGCAGUAUUCUACUGAUUCUGUCUGUGGGUCUCGCCGUCGACUACUCCGCUCACGUCGGCCACACCUUCAUGACUUUGCAGGGAUCUCGAGAAGAGCGUUCAAUACUGACUCUGAAGAUCAUUGGGCCGGCGGUGUUUAAUGGUGGUUUCAGCACAUUCCUUGCGUUCGUCCUGCUUGCAAGUAGUACCAGCUAUGGAUUUACACUUUUCUUCAGGGUUUUCUUCACGGUUGUCCUGUUUGGCCUGUUCCAUGGUCUGGUUUACUUACCCGUGGUUCUCAGCUGGGUUGGUCCCCAGCCCUACACUACCGAGCCACCACACACAUCCACCUCUAGAGAACUGCAGUCCAGACACAGCAGUGCAGAGGACGCCAGCGUACAGAAUGGCUGUGCCCAGGUAAUGACUGACUGUCAGGUACACACGGUCUUAUACAGUGCAGACCACAAUUAUUUACAUUAUGUAUUAUUAUUAUAGUGUUAGUGGCUAUAGUACUUUUAUCAAUAUCAGCGUAGGCUACAUAAAUAGGGUCUGUGGCCAGAUGUAGGAGUG